CAAAGAUAACAUUUUAUUGCUACAGUUGUACAGUCCAAUAGGUGAGAUUUGUAUACCUCUCUUCCAUUAUCUAUUGAUAUGAAUUAUAAAAUAAGAAAGACUGCUUAGUGUAUUUUAGUGGUUGGUGCACAGCGUAAACAUGAACGCUAUUGUAAUAACAAUUGUUUAUGUCGCCUUCUGUCAAAUAGAAGUAACGGAAUCAUUCCUCCACACAAGUAUAUUUGCCUAUCCAGAAAACGCUAAUAAAACAACAACAUUACGAAUCAUCGGAGGAAACGAUGUUACACCUAACUCAUACCCAUUCCAAGCAGCCCUUUUUAUAUAUUAUAAAUCAAAAACUAACCUUUGUGGUGGAAGUUUAAUAGAUGAGGAAUGGAUUUUGACAGCUGCACACUGUGUAGAUAAUGAUCCCAUAAAGAUAGUUGUAAAAUUGGGACUCCACAAUGUCUAUGACAAUCAAGGAUCUACAGUGCAAAUUUAUGAAUCCAAAAGGUACUUUAAGCAUUCGAAAUGGGACGAAAAGACACUUCAAAAUGAUAUCGCUUUAAUUAAAUUACCCACAAAUGCAACAUUAAAUAAGUACGUUAAUUUGAUAAAAAUUGGUGACAAUAUUGAUUAUUCUGGGCGUGUCGGUACAGUGUUGGGAUGGGGCAAGACAAACGAUGGUGAAAUAUCUACCAAUCUAAAGGAAGUAAAUGUGAAUGUUUUGACUAACCAAGCGUGUAAAGCAGUUCACAGAGAAUUUAAUGAGAUAAUAGUAUCCACUCAUCUUUGUACAUCUGGACAGGGUAUCAAAGGAAGUUGCAGCGGUGAUUCCGGUGGACCUCUUAUAGUAGAUGGAGUUCAAAUAGGAUUAGUUUCAUUUGGACCCGAGAACUGCAUGCUUGGGUAUCCUUCUGUUUUUACCAGAGUUUCCAGUUUCGCCUCAUGGAUAACAUCUACGAAACGCAAUAGUGGUACUCGCCUGGGUUUGAAUAGUUUUGUUAUAUGUGCAGUUAGUUUGGUAUUUUUUAUUAAUAUUAGCAAAUAAAGAUAUUUAUAUGACUGAAGUAA